AUGGCAUCGAACGACGACCUCCGUCGCCAGCACACCCACGACAUCGAGCUAGGUGCCACCGACGCCCUCCAGAAGCACCUCACUCGACAUGUCGUCCCACCAAAGCCUGUCUCAGAACGCAAGCUCCGCUUCGAGCACGCCCGACCACGGAUAUUGCGUGAGAUGGUUGGUGAAGCCACUGGUGUAUUCUUCUACGUGUUUCCGGGCAUCGCGUCCGUUGCCUCUUUCACGCUCGCCACCACCAAUCCUGUGGCGAUAGGCGAAGGCGGUACCCCGGGCAUCGGUGUUCCCAUCUUUGGUAGCCUUUUCCAAAUCGGCUGGGCUUUCGCGAUAGGCAUCGCAUUCGCCAUCAUCACCUGCGCUCAGGUAUCCGGUGGCCACUUCAACCCCGCCAUAACCCUGUGCUUCGCCAUCUGGCAAGGCUUUCCCUGGCGCAAAGUCCCACACUACAUCUUCGCGCAGAUUUUCGGCGCCUUCAUGGCCGGCCUCAUUCUCAUGGGAUGCUACUGGCCGGAGAUACAGGCCGCCAAAGCCAAUGACCUUGCCGCCCACGGCACCGUGCACUUCAACGGCGGCGUGGCUAGUAUUCUCUGCACGUACCCUAAUCCGAACCAGACGAAUCAGGGAUUCCUGUUCUUCCAGGAGUUUUUUGUCGACAGCUUUAUUGGGAUUGUGCUAUGGGCGUGUUUGGAUCCAGCGAAUCCCUUCAUGACCGCCACCGCCGCGCCUUGGGCUAUCGGUCUGGCCUACGCCGUCAUGGUCUGGGGCUUCGCGGGUAACUCGAUCAGCACCAACCUCGCCAGAGAUCUGGGCACGCGCAUCGUCGCAGCAAUUUUCUUUGGUGGAGAGGCUUUCAGCGUCAACAACGGUUACAGUUGGAUCAGUAUCUUGGUGAACGUACCGGCCACUAUCUUUGCAACAGGAUAUUAUGAAGCGGUUAUCAGGGACAGUCUGGUGGCGGUGCAUAAGGGCGAGAGGCACUAUGAGGGUGGGGACGCGGGUGUCAGGCAGCUCGUUAGGACGCUGACCAAGGAUCAGGAGGUGGCAGGCGCCAUGGCAGCCGUAGGAAAUGAGAAGCCUGACGACCAGUAUAACGAGGUGAGGUAUAGGGGCAAUGAGAAUGGCACUAAUGGGAAUAUCCAUGGCAAUGGCGCGGUGGAGGCGGUGAGCAAGGGAAGGGAUUGGGCUUGA